AUGUACACCCUUCUCUACAGAAUGCCCAGUGUCGAGAGAAAACACAUCGACUUGACUCCGCUGAAGAACGCCGGCGUCCCGAUCUUUUUUAUCGUCGGAGGUCCCGGAUCGGGAAAGGGCACUCAAUGCGAGAAGAUCGUCGCAAAAUAUGGUUUAUCACAUCUAUCCUCUGGCGACCUUCUCAGGGAUGAGGUGAAGUCUGGCUCACCUAGAGGUACACAACUCACUAAGAUCAUGGAAGCAGGAGAAUUAGUGCCACUGGAAGUUGUGCUGGAUCUCAUCAAAGAGGCUAUGUUGAAAGAGGUCGCCAAGGGGAGCAAAGGCUUUCUGAUCGAUGGCUAUCCUCGAGAGGUGAAACAAGGAGAGCAGUUUGAGAAUGAGAUCCAAGAAGCUAGGUCUGUGAUAUUCUUCGACGUCUCAGAGGACAUUUUAGUUGAGCGACUGCUACAUCGAGCAAAGACCAGUGGCCGUGCCGAUGACAAUAUGGAGACGAUAAAGAAACGCCUACACACCUUUACCACUGCCACGGCACCUGUGGUUGAUUAUUACGAAAAGAAAAAGAAACUAAUAAGGAUCGAAGCCAAAGGAACAGUUGAUGAGAUAUUUGCUGUAGUUUCGAAGCAUCUAGAUCAAGUAAUGGGGAAGUCUGCACUCUCUGUGGAAAGGAAACACAUCGAUUUAACCCCGUUAAAGAAGGCAAAUGUCCCAAUCUUCUUUAUCGUAGGUGGCCCUGGUUCUGGAAAGGGAACGCAAUGCGAGAAAAUCGUCGCCAAAUACGGUCUGUCGCAUCUUUCUUCUGGAGAUUUGCUGAGAGACGAAGUCAAAUCCGGCUCUCCUAGAGGUGCUCAGCUCUCAAAAAUUAUGGAAGCAGGAGAAUUGGUCCCACUGGAAGUAGUUCUGGAUCUGAUCAAAGAAGCCAUGGUAAAAGAGGUCGCUAAAGGCAGUAAAGGUUUUUUGAUCGACGGAUAUCCUAGAGAGGUGAAGCAGGGACAGCAAUUCGAACAUGAGAUUCAAGAAGCAAAAUCCGUAAUUUUCUUCGAUGUUUCCGACGAUAUCCUCGUUGAACGACUACUCAACCGUGCAAAGACGAGUGGCCGCGUCGAUGACAACAUGGAGACGAUCAAGAAACGGUUGCAUACGUUCACCACUGCCACCGCUCCAGUUGUUGAUUACUAUGAAAAACUGAAGAAACUCAUUCGAAUCAAAGCGCAAGGGACUAUCGAUGAGAUCUUCUCCGUUGUUAUGCAACAAAUGGAUCUAGCCUUACAAAGGGCUUAA